UUUCAGAGGUUCGGAAUUUCUGGAAUACUUCAAUAGUACGAAUACACAAUGCAGUAAAUCGUCCAAUAUUUGCAUGAUCUGAAAACGAGGGGGGUGUUAGAUGUAACUCUGUGCUCCGGCAGUAUUAUGCAUGAAUUGGAAAGCUGAAUCGUGCAAAACGAACCAUAUUUAUCUGUUUAGAUCAAUAAUACCGUAUUCGCUACGAAGAGGGCUUGACGACGAAGUUUUAGGGGUAUUUCCAUCAACUGUUGUUUCGAGUGGCUUCACCGACGACUGCCUCUUUCUUUUUUGAGUAUUUUUUUUUUGUGGAAAAUUACCAUUCUUAGUAGACAUCCUAUCUAAAUAUUUCGCAUUGUGUAUGCUUUAUUUUUUUCGUACAGGUAUUCUUGGCGUUCAAACAAAAGAGAAUAGCGCAGCAAAGUUUCCACGCUUUUAAAGUAUUGCAUUCAAACAUUGCUGACGAUGGAUUUGCAACAGGAUUGGCAGGUUAACAAAAAUCUUAAAUCUCGAAUGAUGCAUCUACUGGAAACCGGAACAUGGAUGGACUGCCACUUCAUGGUCGGGCCGGAAACAAACUGCAAGAUGAUUGGGGCCCAUAAAUUCAUACUCUGCAUGGCGUCUCCUGUAUUCCAAGCAAUGCUGCGAGGCGAUCUAGCCGGCAAUGAUGAGACCAUUCACGUGCCUGAUGUCGAACCGGAGAUUUUUGAACUGUUGCUUAAAUACAUUUACACCGAUGAGAUCAGCGUUGGAUCGGUGGACGAAUCUAUCAAACUGUUCUACGCAGCCGAUAAAUAUAUGUUUCCAAUCGCUACAGAUCACUGCUUGGCAUAUCUACAGUCGGCUAUUAAUCCGCAGAAUGUAUGCCGCAUUUACGAAUUUGCAAUGUUGCAUAGCCAGCUGAAUUUCGUUAAUAAAUGUAUGCAUUAUAUAAUGAACAAUGCAAAAGACGUCUUGAACGAUGAGAGUUUCAUGGAGGUGGAUCUAACUACAAUUAUUGAAAUAUUAGAUUUUGAAUAUCUAAAUAUCGAUAACGAAUUAGAUUGUUACAGGGCAUUAUCUAAAUAUGCAUUAAAACACCAACUAUGCCUUUCGAAAGAUUUUGCAGCAGGAAACUCGAAAAAUGAAGGUCAAGAAUCGAAAACAAAUGGCCAGUUGACAGAAGCGGAAGUGGUUCCCGCAUCUAAUCGGAAUUUACCAACAAUUCGCGAUGCUCUUCUUCGUAUUCGUUUUCUGACAUUGACCCCAGAGCAGCUCGCUCCUGAGUUGGCAAAAAUGGAUCUCCUAACUCAAACGGAAGCCUUCAGCAUUUUAAUGAAUGUCAUCACUCCUGACAAUGGUUAUCCGAUGCCGGAAGGUUUUUGUACUGAAAGACAAAGACGAAAGCGUAUAUUAACCAUUAAAAAGGCAACCUAAAAUCGUGACUUCAGGAAGCAUCGCUCCCAAGAUUCAGUGAAAUGUUCAAGUAAGACUACAACGAUGGAUCCGUUGCCGUACGACGCAGGCAAAUAAAACACAUUUUCGGCCCUCGGAGAAGAAGCGUAAAUCGCUAAUUUGAUCCAGUCCCAACGUGAAUAUUGAACCAGCUCCUGUUGGGUCACUUCGUCAAUCGCUAGCGUUCAUAAAACUUGUAGAUAGGCUCGCUAUCACACGGAAUAACAGUGCUACGUACAUUGUUUUUAAAGAAAUUAUUGAAAAUAAAAUUUUAAUUUUAAUCGCAUUUAGAUUUGUGAAAUUCCAGUUAGGUCCCAUUCUUCGAGGUGCAAAUAUAUUUAGCAUGUAACGAAAUCAUGCCAAAUGUAGCUGGCAACAAUGGUCGCUUGUUGUCUGCACAUUUUCCGCGGUGAAUAGUAUAGAAAAAUAGGAAGAACAAUAAGCCUGUUGUUGCCUCUUCUCUUUGCUUCGCCUUAGCAGUCUAACAUAGGGUAAAGUGCCUAUUUUCACCAUACUAAGCAAAGUGCCUCACUAAUUCGUUAAUUUCUCGCCCUACAAUCAUUCGAAUGCGUAAAAAUUAAUACCAACAGCUUUGCUUCGUUGUUAAGAACCAAUAUAAUAACACAAAUGCGCUGAAAACAGUGAAAUUCUCGUGUUUGAGCGCAAUGAAAACUCGAAUCGAGUGCCCCUAAUAUUGCGCUACCAUUUGAUUCAAUGUGUUGAACAAAGAUGGCAGACACUGCUCUAACCAACGGCUUCAAAUGGGUAGGAUGAUAAUAGAAACAUGGCGUAAAUGGGCUCAUCACCCUACACAUAUUCUUUCUCGGCGGCACUCAUAAGCAGUAUUAGUUUACGCGAAAUUACAAACGCGCUAGUAUACACGAUAUACAAACUGUCACGCUAUAAAAAACGCGCCCAAUAUCAUGCAAAUGCUCGAGUCUUUCGUGACAAUACAAACCCGCUCGCGAACGUGAUCGUUCACGCAUACGACCUACGACCACGAUCUCGCAGACUUGUAAACGUCCCGGCGAUUAAGUCUUAGCAGCCCAGGUUCAAGGCUUCCAUCAUCGCCAAAAAAAAAAACAAAUCAAACUCGUCCCUUUAGAAAUCUCAGGGCGCCAUGGCCGGAUGCUCUAGUGAUAUGGGGAAACUCAUUUCCUUCUUGAUCUGAACCGUAGACCCAGAACCGCGGUUCGCGCGAAAAUGCAACACGAAAAUGUAAGUGGUCACACGGUUAUUCAAUCUAAUUUAUACACACAAGCCCUCACGAUCAUACCCAUUAACAUACAAUCGCUCGAGCUCGGCGCGAUAAUGCAAUCAUCCGCGCAUACCUACAGCCACGAUCUCGCAAACAUAAAAACGCUCCUGUGAUCAAGUGAACUUUUUAGUGCCUAAGAAUGUAUAUGCGCGGUUUCAAGUGUGAUUGUACAAAUGCGUGUUUAACCCAUUCAUGCCCAUGUUGUUUGUGGACAACAACGUUUUUAAACAUCUAUAACUUUUGAUUGAGACGAGAUUUGCUCACAAAAACAAGUAAGGCUCAAUAAUGUGAUUAUUGCCUUUAAUUUGAGUAUUAACAGUUACAAGGAUCAGCUCUAGAACUGAAGUUAUUGCAAUUAGUCUGAUUGGAUUCCGAUGGAUCAGUGUUGCCAGGGACAGUUUACGUUGACGACGGAAAAUGAUUUUUUCAUAUACCUUCAUUAUGGUGCAAUAUUAUUGAAAACUGUUAAAACUUAUCAAUUUAGACUGUCGUUGGCUACGUUUUCCACGUAAUUGGACUAUUGUAAUUAUUCUAGGAGAAUUGUAUUGAGCAUUAGAAGGUAAAAAUUGACCAGCUUCUAGCACUGCCAUGGAAGCACCUAUCUUUAUGAAAAUUGGCUUUUCGUUUUUCUUGACCCAACCGUUUUCAAGGAAAAAAAGUUUUGAAACCCUACAUGCACUAGAAAAAAGUUGGGCAUGAAAGGGUUAACGAGAACCUGAAUCGGUCACUUGCGGAAACCCCUACCCUACGUCCUAGCAGCCUAGGUCCAUGCCUUCAGGUGGACUAUUUUUUUUAAAAAUUAGUCAUCCCUUCCCUUGGUUGAUGGGUUUGACGGUAUUGCAAACAUCAUGCGUAUUUGUGCAUUCGUUUUUAAAAGGCCUCUUACAGAAAAUUGCUUUAAGAUGGUUAUUGCACUACGCCUCGAUAGUGGUGCAUCGAGGAGACCGAGAGGGUUUAUGGCCCUUUUUAUGUUUUGAGUUUUUUCAUACUUUGUACCAGCCUAAACCAACGAUCAACCAUUAGCCUGUGCACGCUGGCAUGACCAACUGGCGGAUCGACGUGGAUUGGCUUUUAUCUGUGGGCCGUAGUUGCGGACAUUUUUGCACAGGUUGUUGGCGGUGUUAGGGGACACGGCUCGCAAUGGUGGGUCAUUGUGUGUCGAUUUCUCGGCCAGCUUCGUCAUCGUGCACUGGCUAAUUAAGGAAAUGUAAAAGUAGAAGCCUAUUAGUGUUAGUGCACGUACUAAUCGUCUGAGUAUUUGUGACAGCUGGGUCAGGGAAUGGAUGCAGAACUGGCGUAUAUGAUGGAAUGGUGGGUAAUCGUUCCCAGGAUUCGUUGGUCACUUUUUCCGGCGUUUAAUUCGUGCAUUGGAUUUGAUUCAUUCGGGAAGAUUGGAUUGGAUAAAUUAAGGUACGAUUAAUUUAUCGACACACGUGAAUCAUCCAUUCCCGGUCAGCAUAGCAUGAAAAAAUCCGAACAGAAUGCAUUUGUCGUUACUAGUAAAUAAAUAUCAUUUGCUGGCACUCAGACGAGUUCAAGUAGCAUGCUGCGUGUUACUUGUAUUCCUUUCUUCUACUUCAUUAGUCUGUUUUUGUUGAAUUUCUAUUGGUUUGCUUUUCUACUACUCAUGUGUUCCAAAAAUAAUAUCGAUCCAUUCAUUCACUUCGAUCGGUCGAUUUAU